GGGUGGUGGUGGCGGCGGUGGCGGAAGUGGUGAUGGAUGGGCCUUGGGUGCCUGAAUAUCCAUGCGCUUUUUCACAACUGCGCUUCGACGCUGAUCAUUUCAUUUUCGCAUUGUCUUGACGUUCAUUUCAUGUCUUUUUUGUUUGCAUUUGAUUUGGGCUUGCAUUUCUUUUGUUCUUGUAUGGCGAAAUGCCUGUUUUCUCGACAUGGUCGUUGUGUUUGAGCAUGCAUCACAGGCCCACACAUGCUGCUGGCUUUGAGUCUUAUCGACUCAUCACCACAUUGAGGGCCGUCAUGUUGCUGUGCUCAGAGACGAUGAUGUAUCGUGGCUCAGUUGGCGAAGCUGUGUUGAGUAGCAGAAAGUCUUCAUGACACUUCACUUCAACCCCCUCUGACAGCACAGCCAUUUGCCGUCGCAUCUACAAAGUACAGACACUAACACUUACACGCAGAUCUUGGACAGCCUCCGCGCGGCGCUGCCCGACCCUGCCGCCAGCGACGACGCGACAACGACGUCGCCGCCUCAAACCACGACGGCCCGACGAAGCAAGACCAAGGUCAAGACGACGCACAUGGACGAGCUCGACCGCGUCGCGGCGCGGCACUUCCGCGACACGCGGGCGGCGACGACCUCCGUCUCGGGCCGUGGCCUCGCGCUGCUCUACGCGCUCGUCUCGCGGCUCGCGGGCCCGCCGCUUCGCCAGGCCGUCCUCGUCGUCGACCUUGACGGGCGCUUCGACGCCACGCGGCUGACGUGCGCCGAGGACGACAUGCGUCACGUCUACGUGCAGCGACCGGCGCGCAGCGGCAGCGCCGCCACGGGGCCGGGCAUGGAGCGGCACCUGCGGGCGGUCAUUGCCGACGCGGGCGCCUUCAUGCUCUAUGACGACGCGGCGUGGGCGAGUCGCUGGCGGCAGUGGUGGGGGACGCUCGUCGUGGGCGGCGGCGGCGGCGGAGGAGGGGGAUAUGGAACGGGAUACGGAGGGCCCGGAGCGGCGGGAGACGUCGUGACGGGUUGGAGGGGCUGGCUGCGCGUCGACCGCGAAGAGGUGCCUGCCUUUGCGCUCGGCAUGAGCGCCGACGAGGCCCUCGCUCAGAGGCGGGCGCGGCAGGACGCCGUCGAUGCGGCCGGUUGGGCGGCCAGCUCGCCGUGGGGUGGCUUCGUCUUUCACGAGUGAUGAUGGGACACGUGUAGCAGUCUCGCUUCUGCAAUGCAUAUACGUUGAUGAAUGAAACAAGCGCGGCUUCAGCUCCAAGGUGCUCCGUGAGGCCCGCCGGCCAUGGAAGUGACGAAUCGCCUCAACUCUGGAGUGCAGGAGCUCGCCGCGAGCACCACGAC